AUGAUGGUAAUAGCAGGGUUAAAAGAAAAUUCGACAAUUUACUUGUUUAAAUUUUACUAUAACAGUCAACAUAAUAUUGAAUAAUCGAAUUUUACAUUUUAAGAAGUAUUCUCAGAUUUUCUUGUAGCUUAUCAAUAUAUUAUAAUUUUAUAUCUAAAUAAAGAAAUCUAAAUACUAUCUUUAGAUUACACAAAUAUUGUUACAUUAAAUUAAUAAUUAAUAAAUAAGCUUUUCAAAAAUAUUCAAUUUAAUCCAAUAUAAAUUGUUAUGAAUACUUAAUUGUUAUCUUCUUUACUAUUUAUCAAUAAUAUCAAUGAAGUUAUCAUAGUUUCAAUAGGUUAAAAUAACAUUCCAACCCCUAUUUCAGUGAUUUAAGUAAAUUUCAAAAUUUAAUAAAUAAAUUUAGUAAACUAAUAACUCAUUUUAUCAUACAUUUGCAAUAAUGAUCAGAAUAUUUGUUUCAAAGUUUGGAACUAUAACAAUUUACCUAAAUAUUAUUAUUCAAAAAGCAUGUAUAGUGUAAAAUUUGAUAAUAAUAUGAUUAUAUAAUCUGAUAAUUAGUACUUUUAUGUGACUUUUAGUAAUUAUACCGUUUAUAUUUAUAAUCCUUCUUUACCACAGCAUAUGAGUUUCUAUUAUAUCCUCGAAUUGGCAUCACCAAUAGUAUGCACUUCAGCUAUUUUUUUGAUGCAAGACAAUUUUAACUCUGCAGUACUUUUUUAUAACAAUAGUUUUUUCAAUCUUAAUAAUUUCUAAAUAUUCAAUUCUUCUUUUGAUGGAGGCAAUCCAGACGUAUACUACACAAAAACCUACCCUUAAGUGAUAUAUAAUUAUUCUGUAGUUUCAGGAAUAAAUCCAAAAUCUGUCUACCAAACUCCUAAUGAAAGUAUUUCUUAUUUAUCAAAUUUCACAACUUUUUAGAAUCAAAAACAGUAGCAAAUUCAACUUACUUAAGAUAAUUUAAUACUUAGGCCUAUAAAUUAGUCAUCUGAGAUUAAUUCAAUUGCAAUCUAAUAUCCUAUCAGUUUAAUCAUAGAUAGACAAGUCAGUGAUUGUUAAUGCAUUUCCCCUUAAUAUUGUUAUGUAGAUUAACCUUCAAGAUUAUAAAUUUCAAAUAAUACUGACAAUUACACAUUAAUAACCUCUAUCAAUAACUAAUUUUUUGCUUUAUAGAAUAAUGAAACUAUUCAAAUUCUUAACGGUGAUUUGACUAUCCUAUCAAAUUUUAGUUACUCAUAUCUAAAUUUUAAUGAAUGUUUGAUAUCAACAUCUAAUCAAAACAAUUUAUAUUCAAUCUGUUACAAUGAUAUUUCUUAGUAUUGGCUAACUUUUACAUUAAAUACUUCCGGUAUUGUAUCAAAAUUCAAUCAUAUCUAAUUUAACUAAACAUUUUAAAAAAUUUAAAAAAUAAGCUGCUUAUUAGACUAAAUAUUUAUUUUGGCUAUGCUCAAUAAUAAAAGUUAGGAAUUGUAUUGGAUUAACUCAUUUAACAGCAGCUUAUAACAAUUAUCUGUUUAUAAAAAUAACAAAAGCAUGUGUCAAGAUUUUGAUAUUGGUUUAUUGUAAUCCAAUUCUUUUGAUUUUUAAUCAAACACAAUAAUAUUAUUCAUGACUAAUGGAUUUUAGCUCUAUUAUCAAAUGAUGUUUGUUUCAGUUAAUUCCAUUUAGUUAUCAUCCAUAGUUUCUUACCAGUUAUAAAUUUGCAAUUAAUAAUUUGGUUGUUUUUUGGUGUCUGAGAUAAUUUAUAACCUUUUGAUUUUACAGACUGAAGGUCAUAAUAUAAUUUUGAUAGUAAGCAAUAGUAAUCUCAGUUUCAUAAUAAAGAUCAGAGUAAUUAUGGAAUAGAUUUUGGGUUCGCCUGUCCUGGCCUCAGUUAUUUAAACCAUUCCAAAUUAUAAUUUAAUCAAUGAUGGUUACAUAGUAUAUUCAGAGGGCAUUUUGAUGCAAUAAUUUUAAUAUUUUUUCAAUGAUUACUUUGUUGGAAUUUAUUAACUUGCUAAUUUAGCAGAACUACAAAAUCCAUUUGAGCCAAUUUUAAUGUUAGGUUAGUUUAAUACAACAUCAGUUUAAAAAGCAAUGAUUGUAAAUAAGACCAACCCCUAGAAUAUUGGAAUUAUCUUAUCAUUUUUUAAUAACUCAAUAUAUUCAUAAGCAAUAAGUACAUGGAACUUAACCAAAAUUGUUUUUACAAGUAACAAUGAAAUUAAUGUUUCUAUCUAUUGUGAAAAUGUGUAUUCAUCUGGAACUUAUAAUGUAACAUUCCAUUUGCCUAAAUCAUUUAAUUUUAACUUUAGAAGAUGGGUUUAUAUUUUGCUUUCAAUAAUAGUCGUACUGUUAUUAGUAUUUUGCAUAAAAAUAAAAUAAAAUACAAAGAAUUUAGAAUAUAUAUCAGAGGUUGAAUUAUGA